CUUUGUUCUCUCUCUCUUACCUUGGAAGACAACACGUCAAAUUGGUUGCCACUCAAUAAUUAGCCCCACGCCAAAACACUCAUGUGGUACCAUUACUAUAAAAAGGCCUCCUCCUGUCUCUCUCUCUAACAGUUCCAUAAGAUUCAGGAAAAAUCUGAAACCUUUGACCAUGGCCAAGAUUGGUAAUUCAAUCCACAUAAUCAUACUCACUUACAUUUUAUUCACCUUUGUGUUAACACAAUCUGCUCCUGAAAGUGCACUCGUCACACAGAUUCCUGGCUUCGAUGGAACUUUUCUUUCCAAACACUAUUCUGGGUAUGUGACCAUAGAUGAGAAUCAUGGGAAGAAACUGUUUUAUUACCUUGUGUUGUCUGAAAGGAAUCCAUCAGAGGACCCUGUGGUCCUCUGGCUCAAUGGUGGACCGGGGUGCUCGAGCUUCGACGGGUUCGUCUAUGAGCAUGGACCCUUCAAUUUUGAAGCAGGAAAACCAAAGGGAAGCCCGCCUCAGCUGCAUCCCAAUCCAUACAGCUGGUCCAAGGUUUCCAACAUUUUAUAUUUGGACUCUCCGGCUGGUGUUGGAUUUUCUUAUUCAGGAAAUAAAUCUGAUUAUGAUACUGGGGACCUAAAGACUGCUUCUGAUUCGCACACAUUUCUCCUCAAGUGGUUCGAGCUAUACCCGGAGUUCCUUUCCAAUCCAUUUUUUAUUACCGGAGAGUCAUACGCUGGAAUAUAUGUGCCGACACUGGCUUCUGAAGUAGCGAAAGGAAUUGAUGCUGGUGUGAAACCCGUUCUCAACUUGAAGGGUUACAUGGUGGGCAAUGGAGUUACAGAUGAGGUGAUCGACGGCAAUGCACUUAUUCCGUUCGUGCAUGGAAUGGGCCUCAUCCCAGAUGAGCUAUAUGAGGAAGUUACUACCGAGUGUCAAGGAAAUUAUUAUAAUCCAACCAGUACCAAUUGCGAAAACACAAUUGCGAAAGUUGACAGAGAUAUUGAAGCUUUAAAUAUAUACAACAUUCUAGAACCAUGCUAUCAUGCCCCAGAAACUGGAGCGACUACAAAUUCUCACCUGAGGUUACCAUCCAGUUUCAAGAAAUUAGGCGAGACUGAAAGACCUCUUCCUGUACGAACAAGAAUGUUUGGUCGUGCAUGGCCUUUCAGAGCUUCCGUAAAAGAUGGAAUUGUCCCAACUUGGCCACAGAUUCUCAACAGUGACAGUGUUCCAUGCACUGAUGAUGAAGUUGCAACUACAUGGCUGAACAAUGAAGCAGUCCGGAAAGCAAUUCAUGCUGAACAGGUAAACGUAUCGGGCAGUUGGGAUUUAUGUACGGACAGAAUUUUAUUUCAUCAUGAUGCUGGAAGCAUGAUCAAGUAUCACAGGAACCUCACGUCCAAAGGAUAUCGGGCACUCAUCUACAGUGGGGACCAUGAUAUGUGUGUUCCAUACACCGGGAGUGAAGCAUGGACACGAUCAAUGGGAUACAAAAUUGUGGACGAAUGGAGGCCUUGGACUUCCAAUGGACAAGUUGCUGGGUACCUACAAGGAUAUGAUAACAAUCUCACCUUUCUCACUGUAAAGGGUUCUGGACAUACCGUCCCAGAAUACAAACCACGUGAAGCAUUGGACUUUUAUAGCCGUUGGUUGGCAGGGAAGAAAAUAUGAAAGAAUUUCAAUGGCUACUUAGAAAGAGAGAUAGAAGCAUGGUAAUUUAUUUUUUAUUUUUACUUGUAUCUGACGACUGAUGAAUGUGAAAAAAGCAGCAGCUAAUGUAUACUUGGACAUUGAUGAGGGAAUGACCUUGAUAUAGCAAUUCUCAUAUAAUAUUGAAUUAAACAGAGGAUAUAAUAACAUCCAUUGGUUUUUGCUUC